AUGGAUACUGGAUACUCAUUAAAACAAGUCCUCGCGGUAGCCAACGUGCACCCGCUCUAUAACCGGGAAAUUAAAUACCCACCGACCCAGGACGAGGUAAUUGAAAUCGCCAACAGCAUUGACAAAAAUGAUACCGAAGGCGUUAACCUGAGCGCGAUGCCAUUGGCUACGAAAGACACAUUAUAUCCCACCAUCAACCGUCUAUGGGCCGACACCAGCCCUGAAAACCCUUACCGCAAAUCGGCAUAUAUUGGUAUCACCGGCGGUGGCUCUGGUGGAAAACCUAUGCUAUUCGCCACGGAUGUCCUUGAAAACAGAAGGCACCGAGCCGCUGCUGCGGCCUUGAUCAGGACUUGUGGAGCGAUCGUCCCCGGUGAUGUUGUGUUCUCUGUCCAUGCUUCUGGGAAUUUGUAUCGAGCCUUGGACCUUAUGACCGAACUAUUUGAAAUGGCUGGCGGUGCAGUCUUCUGUGGCGGUUUAACCAUGCAAGGAGAAAUAGCCAUAGAACACGUGAUCGGCUUCAAGGCGAACGUAUUCGCAGGCGACGGCAGUCAGGUUCUCGCCUUCGCAAACCUCGUGGCAUCUCUACCAGCUGAACGACGGGCUCAAGUCCAAGUCAACAAAGUAGUCUAUACAUCCGACGCUCUCAGUCAGGAUCAAAGAAAAAUCGUUUCUUCGGUCCUGGGGGCAAAGAUCUACUCAGUCAACGGCAGUUGCGAAGCGGGCGCAUGGUCUGUUGCGAAUUUUUCAAUAACUGGAGAACCAGAUGAAGACGGUGUGGAUUUUAUAUAUGAUUCCAGAAUGAUGGUGGUUGAAAUAUUGCCGUCUGACUUACUUGAUGAAUCUGGUGCUGGAAGAGAGAUCCACCCUGUACCCGACGGGGAGAAGGGUAUUCUAGUCCAAACCUCGCUUUCGAGGUUAAGAAACCCAUUGGUCCGAUAUGUCACCGGUGACAUGGCGAGUGUUAGACCUUUCCCCGCUACGGAUGAAAUUCCACCCGAAGUCGCACAGCACCUUCGAGUCAUAAGGCUCUAUGGUCGAGAUCGUCGAUUUAGCUUCAAAUUCUUUGGAGAGUAUUUUGAAUUCCACAGGGUCAAGGCAUAUAUACAAGGACAAAAGGGGUGGGGGAUCUUACAAUAUCAAAUAUUAUUAGAAAACUUACCGGAAACGGAGACGCUCAUUCUGACAAUUCGUCUUUACCGUUCGGAUCCAAAUGCAGUUCAACCUGGCGGUGAUGCUUUGGUCUCGAAUGAAGAAAUCAUUAAGGGGUUGAAGAAACUAUUUGUUGUUUAUGAGGAGAAUGGAAAUGAAGAUGACUUCAAGGUCGAGUUUGUGAAGGAUUUGGAUGGAUUCGAGAGGAGUAAGACCGGAAAUAAGGUUAUGAACUUUGUUGAUCGAAGCAAGCAUUGA